AUGGCGGAGAUAUUAGCAGAACAAGUCGAAGAGCUGGAGCGUCGUAAGCAGGAACGUUUACAGCAAGGUGGGGACCAGAAUCAGGACCCGGCAACGCAAGCUCAGUCGCAAAAACUGCCAAAGGGCAUGGUCAUUGGCAAGGAUGGAAAACCAUGCCGCUCCUGCACUUCCGUGGCCGACUGGAUGGCUCUGAGCAGACGGAAAAUCGCAACCGACUCUCCUUCUUCCUCGUCCUCUUCGACUACGACAUCGUCGUCAUCAGCAUUCCCCUCUGCAGCGUUUAGUUCAACAUCAUCUACUCCUGUUUCAUCGACUACGUCCAAACCCGCCACAACGUCGCCUUCCCCUGCACAGUCCUUCCUCGAGGGACCGCUCCGGGAUGACUGCCCUGCCGAUGUCGAAGCCUUGGGCCGAUCAUCUUGGACCCUCUUGCAUACCAUUUCUGCAUCUUACCCCGAGAAAGCAAACACCACGGAACAAAGUGAGAUGAAGCAGUUUUUGUCCCUAUUUGGAAAAUUCUACCCGUGCUGGAUCUGCGCGUCGGAUUUCCAGUCGUGGAUGACGAAAAAGGGUAACGAGCCGCGCGUUGAAGGCCGUGAGGGGCUAGGGAAAUGGAUGUGUGAAGCGCAUAAUGAGGUCAAUCGCAAGCUGGGAAAGAAGGAGUUUGACUGUACUCUGUGGAAGGAGCGUUGGCGGGACGGCUGGAAGGACGGAAGCUGCGAUUAA